CUUCAACACAUAUAACACAAGCUAUCAAUAUGACCUCCAUUACCAAAUUCUCCAUCUCCAUAUUCCUCGUCACCCUCCUCCUCCUCACCACCGCCAACGCUGCCAACAUCGAAAUCCGCAAUGAAUGCCCUUACACUGUCUGGGCGGCCGCCUCGCCGGGUGGAGGCCGGGGCUUAAACACCAACCAAGUGUGGAACCUAAACGUGCCGGCAGGGACCAAAAUGGCGCGCGUUUGGGGCAGAACAAAUUGCAAUUUUGAUGGCAGCGGUAGAGGGAGAUGCCAAACAGGCGAUUGUGGAGGAGUACUAAAUUGCCAAGGAUGGGGUCAGCCUCCAAACACACUAGCAGAAUAUGCACUAAACCAAUAUGCCAACCAAGAUUUCUAUGACAUAUCACUUGUUGAUGGGUUCAACAUUCCAAUGGAAUUUAGUGCAGUUAAUGGUGGGUGUAAGAGGAUUAGAUGCACUGCUGACAUAAAUGGACAGUGCCCUGCCCAAUUGAGAGCUCCUGGUGGGUGUAAUAAUCCCUGCACAGUGUUUAAGACUAAUGAAUAUUGUUGCACUCAAGGUCAAGGAAGUUGUGGACCCACAAAUUUCUCAAGGUUUUUCAAGCAGAGGUGUGUUGAUUCUUAUAGUUAUCCUCAAGAUGAUGCUUCAAGCACAUUUACUUGCCCUAGUGGAACUAAUUAUAGGGUCAUUUUCUGCCCUAGAGGAGGCUGAAGAUGAUGCUUAUAGUUAUCCUUAAUAUGAUCAUGUAAUAAAGCAAGCAUGGAUAUAGAGUGUGAUGCUUGGAAAAUAAAAGUGUAAGUGGAACAUGAAGAUCGAUGGGUGUUCCUACUUGUGUGUGAUCUAUGUGGUGUUAUUACAACUCCCCUAUGAUGUAACAGGGAGUAUAUUAAAAUAAAAGACUCUCAAUUAUGUGUA